AUGGAAUGGAUCCCUCCAAAAGUCCUCGUUGGUCUUUUCUGCUUAGUCGGCUGCUUCUCCCUGGCCAAUUUCCAAUUUCCCAUACAGCGCAAGCAGCUCGAGCACGCCCUCGCCAGCCAGCACGAGUACAAUGCCAACCCCCAUUGGACACCUCCAUCUAGCACCAGCAAGUACCGCAGGCAAGAGCGCCACAGGACACAAUCACGGCCGCUGUCGAACACACCGAGCACCGGGCUGCCGAUCCCGACCGCGUACUGUUCGACGUUGCCUCACCCGGCCACGCUCAAAUAUUCGUCGACCGCGUCCACCUCAAGCUGUGACGCAAGCACACUGGCUGAUGUGGCCAUGGCCGCCACCGCCGGGCAAAGGCAGGACAGGAUAAAGGAGAAGGGCGACGGUGGGAACCGCAGGGGUCACGACGUUGUUCAAGCAGCUCCAUCUAAUUGCCUCUACACCUGCUUCUCUAUCUCCUCCAAUGCCGCAGCGACCAUUACACUCGACGCCUCCCAUGCGUGUUUGAAGAGCCUCAUGAAACUGGGGCCAUAUUUCUUGGUGACCCAUGAUCCCUCGCCACCCCUUGCCCUCUAA